AUGGUAGAGGCAGAACCAGAGCCUCAACCACCACCACCACCACCACCAUUAGCAGACCUUAUUCUCUCCCUAGAACAAGCAACCCACAUGGCCAAACAGCUCCCCACCAUCUCUGACCCCACAUACCUUCUCCAUAUCUACUCUUCUCUCCACCAAGCCCACCACCACCUCUCAAAUUUUCUCUCCACACCCCAAUUCCCCCAACUCCAACCGCAGAACUCUCUCUCCUCCGCCACCGGCAACGAGCCGAUGCAAGUCGGGGACGGGGAAGAUGAUGAUUUUGAUGAUGGCGUUGGAGAGGGGAAUUCCAGGGACGCAACAAUUGACAUGGUUGAGGAGCAGAUGAGGGAUUGCUUCAUUAAGAACAAGCGGCCGAAAAGGCGGCUUUCGCCUUCUGCUGCUGCCGUGGUGGAGGAUAGGCGGCUGAAUGGUGAUGGGUUUGUUGGGAGUGUGAAGGGUUUUGACCCUCAUGAGUCUAAACUGAGGGCUUUGGAGCUUGUGUACCAGUUUCAUGGGUGA